AGUUUCUCUCGGUUCACUGUUAUUUUGAGCAGUUGAGAUGGCGGACCGGGGUGUAUAAAGAGGGUAAACUGAGGGGAACAGACCGUGUAUAAGCCAUGAGGCGCCCCGGGGCCGUGCAGCAGAAAAUCCCGUGUGUUUUUCUCACCGAGGUGAAGGAUGAAGCAUCCAGGAAGCGAGACGGUCAGAAUUUUCAGGUGGUUGCCACGGAGACGGUGAACCCUGUGGCGGUGGAGUCGGAUGUUUACAGCGCGAUCGCCACCGAGAAGCUGGACGGCACCUGCUGCUACGUCACUGCGUACAGAGGAGACGCGUAUCUCUGGGCUCGUCUGGACCGGAAACCCACCAAGCAGGCGGACAAGAGGUUCAAGAAACACCAACAUUCCCAAAAGACCUGUAAAGGUUUCACAUGGAACGUGGAGGAAGAUUUCCGACCCGUUCCCGAGUCCUGGAUUCCUGCACGUCGAGUUCAGUACGAGAGUGGCCGCCCGAUCCCCGAUGAACACGGACACAUCCCGGGCUGGGUUCCAGUGGAGGAUUUUAACAAGCAGUACUGCUGGCACGCGUCCGUGGUGGACUAUAGCGCCCGAGCGGCUCUCGUCCUGAGGCCGAAUAGCGAGGACGAAGAUCUGCUGGAAAUCGCAUGCGUUCCUCUGACCGAGCUGAUGGAGCAAACGCUGGAGCUUAUUGGGACCAAUGUGAACGGAAACCCGUACGGUCUGGGCAGUAAGAAGAAUCCGCUUCACCUUCUGGUGCCACAUGGAAUCCUGCGGGUCCGGAACGCUCCUGUUGUGGAGUACAAUCAGCUGCGCUCAUGGUUCCGGGAGAGCGCCGAGGGCCGUGUGGAGGGAAUCGUGUGGCACUGUAACGACGGUGCGCUCGUCAAGGUCCAUCGGCACCAUUUGGGUCUGAAGUGGCCUGACGGUGACACCUUUUUAAAUUCUCUGCCCGUGGAGGUUCAUGUGGACUGGCUCCCGGAUGCUUCACCUGACUCGAGGAGGAACCUGUUCUCUGCUCUUUCAGACCUCUCCAGACGCCGUUUCAGCUCGGUCAGAGACGUCCAGCUCGAAGCCUGAUCAGUUACGCUGCAUUCCUCCGUCUGGACAGAGGAGUUUUACAAAACCUUCUAAAUGCUGAGUACAUGAUGCCGAGCAUGAACCUGGAGUCUCUCUCCAUUUAGAUCAGGGACGAGCAGGACGCUUAAGAAAAUAAAAAAACAACAAAAAAAAAAAGACUGCUUUCAUAUUAUUGUUAAUUCUCCAACCAGGAGAGGGCGCUAGUUUCUGCCGGUCAACAUAUUAAAAUUAAUGAGUAAUUAUGCGCAGUUGAGAACGUUUCACCACAAUGAGUGAAAAGAAAGUAAAAAGUAUAAAUAAAUGUGUGAAAUUUAUUUCACAGAAAUAGAAUUCAGAAAUGUAUGCACUAAAUAGUUCAGUAUUUAAAAUGGAUAAUGAUUAAUUGUACAUUAAUUAAAUUAAUUGAACAUUAAAUUCCUCAUUAAGAGUAAAUUAAGAAAGAAAUGAAAAGAAAAUGAAAUGCUGGUUGAAUUUAUUUGGCUGAAAGAGAAUGAUGGAUCGAGUACAUGACGCACGUCGGUGGUGUUCUAAUAAACACACGUAACACUU